AUGAAGCAAAUCCUUCAUCAGUGCCUGGAGCGAUGCCACUCCCGCGGCCAUGACUCCGCCAUCACUGCUCAGGGCGACAGCGCGGCGGGGAGCAGCGGCGCGAGCAGGCAGGCUGGCACGGCCGGCGCUGCGGACGUCGGCGGCGCGAGCAGUGGCCGCAUCAGCAGCAGCAGCAGCAGCAGCAGCAGCAGCAGCAGCAGCAGCAGCAGCAGCAGCAGCAGCGGGGCAGACGACACUGAAUCGAGCGAGGACGAUAUGGCCAUCAUCGCAGGCACGGCAGAGAGGCGGGCCCAGCUUGGCGUCACCGCUGAAGCCGCUGGGCCGUCGGACGCAAGCAACGACGAGAGGACCGCAGCAGACUUUGAGGCCGCCAACCGGAUUGCACUGGCUGGAUUCCAGGCACUGAUCCGCGUCGUCCGCCGCGACGGAGGGGCCUCCCAGGCGCCCCCCUGA